AUGUUACUAUGAUAGUAUCUCGGUGGGUGCUAGUGUUCGCGAAUGUAUGUAUGGGAAUAUGAUGUAACGUGAUCAUUCUUUGUUGUUGAUUGUCAUUUGUAGUAGUCUUUAAAGUCGUGAAACGGCUAGUCUGGUGUUUAAAGAACAUCCUUAUGUAAAAUUAAUCGUUUGAAAUUUGUAAAAAUAUACCGUAGUAAUGGUGCAUUCGUCAAACAGUAAAGAUCCAGUUAUUGGACUUCCACCUCAUUACCUUCAUGAACUACCCCUGGAAGACGAAGAGAGAUUGGAAAAUUUAUUCAGAUCUCUGGAUAUCGAUGGAAACGGGAAAAUAGAUAUCCAUGAUUUGUCAAAGGCGUUAUGCGAGACAGGAGUACAUCACAAAUAUGCUCAGAAAUUUCUGGAGCAGUCAGAUCAAAAUAAAAGUGGUGAUAUAUCUCUGGCAGAAUUUAUUCAUUAUGUUCGUGAGCAUGAAAAACAAUUACGACUUCAGUUUUCCAGUCUGGACAAAAAUAAAGACGGAAAAAUCGACGUGGAUGAACUUAUUAAGGCUUUUAAGGACUUAGGUGUAGAUAUUGACAGAAAGGAGGCCACAAAUCUUCUUUUAAGAAUGGAUCAGGAUGGAAGUCUCAACAUUAGUUUUGAUGAGUGGCGAGACUACUUGCUGUAUGCUCCCAGCACUGAUAUCAUUGAACUCAUCAAGUAUUGGCGGCACUCCACGUACUUGGAUAUUGGGGAGGAUAUGAAUGUACCUGAUGACUUCACCCAGAAGGAAAUGACGACUGGAAUGUGGUGGAGACAUUUAGUAGCUGGUGGUGUCGCGGGAGCUGUGUCUCGAACUUGUACUGCCCCCCUAGACAGAUUAAAAGUGUAUUUACAGGUGCAUGGUACCAAGCAGACAGGCAUAAAAACCUGCCUCAGUCACUUGUUAAAAGAGGGUGGUGUACGGAGUUUCUGGAGAGGGAACGGAAUAAACGUUGUAAAAAUUGCUCCAGAAUCAGCAAUUAAAUUCAUGGCGUACGAGCAAGCAAAGCGGAUUAUUCGUGGGAACAGCACUAGAGAAUUGUCCAUUUACGAACGAUUCGUAGCUGGUUCAUUGGCUGGUGGUGUUAGUCAAACAGCAAUAUAUCCACUGGAGGUUAUGAAAACGCGUUUAGCCUUGAGGAAGACGGGGCAGUAUAAGGGAAUACUGGAUGCCGCCACAAAAAUUUAUAGGAAUGAAGGUUAUCGCAGUUUCUACAGAGGUUAUGUGCCUAAUUUGUUGGGCAUUAUUCCUUACGCUGGAAUAGACCUUGCAGUGUGUUGGGGUGGUGGAGGAAGCAUUUGGCGCAGACAGAAGGUCGUUGGCAAUAAGACUGGAUGUGGUGAGGUUGCUGACAAUUUGUGGAGAGAGACUCGGGCGGAGGGGAUGUAAUCUUCAAUUUAAUGGCAUGUCACAUUUAUCUGACACUAAAAAAUUCUUAUCUUCGUCGCCACAAUGAUGGCGAUACUCCAAGUGUUUUUCUGUUGCUGACCUGUGGAACUAUCUCUAGUACUUGCGGCCAAGUAUGCAGUUACCCAUUAGCUUUGGUGAGAACUCGUUUGCAAGCCCAAGUACUAACGGCUGGUCAUAGAGUUCCACAUACCUGCACAAUGACUGGAAUUAUAAAGAAUAUUAUCCAAGAAGAAGGAUUUUUGGGUCUAUAUCGAGGCAUUACUCCCAACUUUUUGAAGGUUGCGCCUGCAGUUAGUAUAAGUUAUGUUGUUUAUGAACGUUCACGACAAUCCUUGGGUGUUAAUAUGACAUGAUGCUUAUGUUGAUUAGGAAAAGAUUGAGUUAAUUUCAAAUAAUCAUCUGCUUUUUUAAGACUACGGAAUAAUAUGCCUUCCUAUCAUUACCAGGUCUGUAAUUUAUUAUCGCGCACUUCGACUUAACUGUGAAUGGUUGUGAUUCCUUUCAGUUAUGACUAUAUUACAGCUAGUAAAUUAAAACUAUUUGAAAGUAAUAUAUGACAUUCUAUGACUUUGAUGUAUUUAGUAAUUAUAAUUGUCUCUAUUUGUUACAAUAUGGAUAUAAAAUAUUCGAAAAAGUACCCAACAAUACAAGAGAAAUCUCUGUACUUUGAAUUGUGUGAGUGUAUAAAGAGCAGUUUUCUGCUCGUUUAUUAUUUAUAUAUUUAUUUAUUUAUUGUCGUGUAGAUAAACAUUGUUACAUGAAUGGUCAAUGUUCAUUCAUAUUUCCUUAUAAAUUCAUAAUUAUUUUAUGAAAAAAGUGUGUUAAAAAGUCCAAACAAAAAUACAAUGUUGUUACAUAAUUUGUUUUGAUGGUAAUGUCUCAUUGUAUGCAUGCACAGAAAAUAUGUAUUAUUUAUCUGCAUGAGAAUAAUCUGAAUUAAAAAAUCUCCAUAUGCUCACCACUGCCUCUUGGUC